AUGGUGUCAUGUUGUCUGUGUAAUUGUCUCAUUGAUGUAAACCCAAGGCCAUUGGACCCAUAUGACGUGUAUCAACAAUUUGAGAUCAUUCCUUACGAAACAUUUUUUAAAGGUGAUGGUAGCUUUUAUGCCAAAACUAUUGCGGAAGAUGGUUACCCUCCAAAUUUCUUAAGGAGAAAAGGUUGGGAAAUAUACAUCAAAACACCUACAAACUAUGAGUUACAUGAAGCAAAAGGAAUCGAUGAUGCUCUUCGUUCACGCCUCCCUGAAUUUAGUUUCCCACACUCGACCAAAACUUCUAACUCGGUGGUUGUUGGCAAGUGGUAUUGCCCUUUCAUGUUCAUCAAAGAAGGCAGAUUGACUGAUCAAGUGAAAACAUCUAUUUUUUAUGAAAUGGCACUUGAACAAAAAUGGGAACGAGUUUUUGAACAAAAACACGAUCAUACUAAUAAGGGAAAUGUUGUGCAUGUGAAAGUUGCAUUUCCUAGUGAAGUGGUUUUCAUAGGUGAAGGUUGGAGGGAGGCUGUAUGGGAUGAGGGAAACAUGGUAAAUGGAGUCCUACAAUUUAUAAGUCGUGGGGACAAUAAUGGGAAUGAAGAAAUUGUAGGGUUGAAUAGAGAAGUUUUUGAAAGAAUGAGGUGGGAAGAAGAAAGAUUUGGAUGGGGUGGAGGUAGGGAGAAAAGGAUAGAGAGUAUUAAUAGGAAGGAGAAGUUUGAAGGAAUCGGUGGGUGGAAGAGAUUUGGUUGUUAUGUAUUGGUUGAGAGAUUUGUGCUCAAAAGAAUGGAUGGAAAUCUAGUUUUGGCAUAUGAUUUCUAUCAUGCACGUCACAUUAGGACUAUAUUUGAUUAG